AUGGCCCGCUACACCACCGUGCGCGUCUGCGCCAGACCAAGUCGAUCCGAGGUCGCAGUCAAGCCACCAUGGGCAACACAUCGCCAUAUUGGCCCGUCGCCUUCUACGCCGUAUCAUCUUCAAAAUUCGUUCGCCUAUUCUCCACCGACCUCGGAAACACUCUUCGUACCAGCAUCUUUGAAUGAUGAAGCCGUGUCAACGUACACCCAGCCAGCAGUGACUGCAGAUUCGCCCCAAUACCAGGCCACUUCUGUAAUUGACUACUGGCCUACCCUCCCGGAAACUACUACUUCUUUUAACAAUGUCACAUUCAACAAUCCCGCACCACCAUUGAACUUGCCACUAGCUCAAGUUAACUCAACAUACGACACCUUGUUCGACGAAUACAGCUGUUUAUCAAAUUUUACACAGAGCCAUUUCCCGCAAUAUGGACCAAGCCCCUCUAAUCACGCAAACAUCCCGUUUGAAGCUUCCCGCAUAUCCAACAGUCCGUCUCCUCAAGCCUUGACUCCCAUGAGCAAACCUCCUCCAAGCUCCUCAUCCCGUGUUGAGAAACGCACGAAGAACACUCUCGCUGCCCGGCGUUACCGCCAAAAACGCGUUGACCAGAUAAAUGACCUCGAAGUGGCCUUAAAGGACACCCAGAUGGAGAGAGACGUUCUAAAAGUUCGAGUUGCGAGGUUGGAAGGCGAGGCGGAGGCCCUGAGGCAGAUUUUGCGGAACCGUGAUCGUGAUCAAUAG